UCACGAAAAAAUCAGAAAUAUUCAGCUCCCAAGUACGCAGCCUUUUGGAUUUCUGUUUCAUUCUUAAAAAUCAGGUUUACCAAAUUGCUCCUGCUCGGAUCUGCUGACUCACGCUUCUGAGAGAAGGACAUCUGGUGUUUCCGCUUUUGGAUAAACGUUUCGCUCUGUUCUUCGGCUUUCUUGCUGCUACUAAUUUGUGUUUGAUCACUUCCGGGUUUUCGGAAUUAACAUCUGACUACUCUGUCUAACUACUCUGGUUUUACAAGAUGUCAGGGGAUAAAAACAGUGUAUCUAUAUCACGUUCAGGACAACAGAACAAAAGUCCACGCCUGGCAGAUAGAAGUGCUGAAAUGAAACUCAAUCGCCGUAAGAAAUAUAAGGAAAUAUCAGCGGAUAGAAAGGAAGCAUUAUUGUUACACCGGCGUAUGAAAGAAUUCGAUUCAAGAAAACGCCUUCUAGAGAGUCGUAGUCUGGAUAACUCAGUCAACUCAACAACUCUAAGUAAUUCGAAGCUUCAAAGGGAGAGUGCUCUCAUAAUAAGAGAUUCUGCUCUUAGUUCAAAACAAGGUUAGCAAAUUAAACAUUCGCUCUCUGUUUAAACGCAGUCAGUUUAAACUAAACGUGUUUCACGCUUCUUUAUUAGCUGCUAAAUGUGAAGUUAGUACUUUACUUGCUGCUUCUGCGAAAGGGAAAAGCUUAGUUGGUCGUUUUUCCAUCUUCGAAACAGAUGAGUAUAAGAAACAUAUUAUUUUAAUAAAAUUUAUACUGCCAUAAACCAUUUGCCUAUGUAAUUCAUAAUUGGCUCUAUAUUAGGAUCCACAUCAGGUACAUCUAAUGAACAAUGUGGUGUUGGUUCAGAGAAUGUAGCAAAUAGAGGUUUGUAUCAGUUUCAAGUUAGAAUAGUAUUCGUUAUCUUCCUUUGGAGUGGAAAUUGACUUCUAAUCAUUUCCGUAAUAUUCAGGCGUUAGACUACAUAGAAGAUCCCCUCUGCAUGUUACUGGUUCACAAACCAAAUAUGUUGCUCUCAAAGUUGUCCCAAACUGUAAAUUUUGUGCCGCAAAAAGAUUUCAAUAUGAACACCUUGGAUUCUGUUGCAAUAAAGGUUCAAUCAAGCUUACCUCACACAAAAUGCCUACAGAGCUACGGAAUUUAUUUUUGGGUACUAGUGAAGAGUCUGACCAUUUCCGAACGUAUGUUAGGACAUACAAUAACAUGUUUGCAUUUACUUCGCUCGGGGUAAAAUAUGACAGAGACUUAGCUAAGAGAAAUCAUGGUAUCUACACAUUUAGAGUUCAAGGAAAAAUGUAUCACUUUAUAGAUGAUUUAUAUCCUGCGAACGAGAAAGGAAGAAAUUUACAGUUAUACUUCUAUGACAAUGAAAAUGAGGUAGCAAACAGAAUUGCUUGUUCAACUAGAGUACAUGAGUCGAUGAUCAGAAAAUUGAUGAAUAUACUACAAAAUAAUCCAUAUUGUGUUUUCUUGAAAUCUUUGGCGGAUGUUCCAGAAUUAUCGAACUUUUAUAUUGCGCUCAAAUGUGACUCAGAUUUAGAUCAGUAAGUAUAUAACCUACCUACUGCAUCUGAAGUUGCAGUAAUAAUGGUUGAAGAAGGCAUUCAUAUUUCCACACUUCACAUCCGAAUUUAUACUCACAACAAUAAAAGCCAAUUAGUCAAUUAUUACUAUGGUUGUUAUGAUCCCCUGCAGUAUCCCCUAUUAUUUCCAUAUGGUCAAGGUGGGUGGCACUGUGGUAUUAAGAAAAUAGUUCAACCAAAGAAUGCUACUAGAUGUCGUAUCUACUGUGAACAGGAAAAUUUACCAAGUGUUGCAAACAUGUGUUCAAUUGACAAUUUUCUUGAUAUGGAAGCUCGGGUACUAGAACAACAAAGGAAAAAAAAAAGAAAUAAUGUCUCUUGUCGUGAAUAUUAUUGUUAUAAAAUUCAAAUACAUACUGAAAGGAUAUUCCAACAAUAUCUAGUAGAUGUAUUCAUAAAACUUGAAACACAACAACUAGACUUCUUCUCUUUCAAUCCAGACUUGUUUAGAAUUGAAGUUUUGCAGGGUAUUCUUGAUGUCUUAAGACAUGGUGAAAGAGAUGCUUCUAGAAUUGGAAAACAAACUUUCCUUCCUGUUACAUUUACAGGGGGACCAAGAGAUAUGCGCUGGCGAUAUAUGGAUGCUAUUGCUUUGGUACAACGUUUUGGAACACCUGACUUGUUUCUAACGAUGACAUGCAACCCACUGUGGCCAGAAAUAAAAGAACAUUUGUUAUCUACUGAUGAAGCACAAAAUAGACCUGACUUAAUUAGUCGAGUAUUUAGAGCAAAACUGGAAGAGCUAAAAAAUGAUAUAUUAAAAAGAAAUAUAUUUGGAAAGGUUGCUGCUUUUAUGUACACUGUAGAAUUCCAGAAACGUGGUCUUCCACAUGCACAUUUCCUUAUUAUUCUUGCUAAUGAAUACAAAUUGUUGACACCCAAAUCUUACGACAGAAUUGUUUGUGCUGAAUUACCUGAUCCUGAUAAAGAGCCUUAUUUAUACUCACUUGUUGUACAUCAUAUGAUGCACGGUCCUUGUGGUUCUUUGAAUCCUACAAUUUCAUGCAUGAAAAAUGGAUGUUGUAAAUUCAAUUACCCUAAAGAUUUUGCUGAUCGAACAUCAAAAGGAAAAAACUCUUAUCCUAUUUACAGAAGACGACAUACAGGUGAAGCAAUAAAAAUUAGAGAACAAUUCCUCGAUAAUUCAUGGGUGGUACCAUAUAAUCCUUUUUUACUUGGCAAGUUUAGCUGUCAUAUGAAUAUCGAAAUAUGCUCAGAUAUUAAAGUUGUCAAGUAUCUUUACAAGUACAUAUGUAAAGGACACGACAAAAUUUCUUUUUCUGUAUAUGACAAUGAUAAAGACACAGAAAUUGAUGAAAUAAAAGAAUAUCAAUCUGCUAGAUGGGUAUCUCCACCCGAAGCUAUAUGGCGUUUAUUUGGUUUUCCUAUUAGUGAGAUGACACCAAGUGCUUAUCAUCUUCAAUUACACCUUGAUGGACAACAAUAUAUUUCUUUUAAAAGCACUGAGAGUAUAAAUGCAAUUUUAAAAAAUCCUCUGAUUAGAAAAAUAAUGUUGACAGAAUUUUUGGUCAUGAACCAAACAGAUGAUUAUGAUAUAAAACUUAAGCUAUUGUAUAAAGACUUUCCAGAAUACUUUGUCUGGUCAGUUACAGACAAGACGUGGACACGUAGAAAACAACGUAGCGUUAUUGAACGUGUUGUGACAUGUCAUCCAACAGAAGGUGAGAGAUAUUAUCUCAGAUUAUUAUUACUGAAUGUGAGAGGACCAACAUCAUAUGAAGAUCUUCGUACUGUAAAUGGAAGAUAUUAUAUUACAUUUAGAGAAGCUGUUGAAAAAGAGGAUUAUUACAUUCUGACAAUAGUUUGGUUGACUGUAUGAUUGAAGCUGCAAGCUACCAAUUGCCAUAUAGUUUAAGACGAUUAUUUGCUACGCUAUUGGUAUAUUGUACUCCUACCAAUCCAAAAGAGUUAUGGGAACAAUUUGAAGACUCAAUGUCAGAAGACUUCAAACUCUUGCCAAAUAAUGGAUUUAAAGAUGUUUAUCAUAGAGUCCUGAACUAGAUCAAUGAUAGAAUUACACUUAAUGGGAUACGACAUUAACGAGUAUAAGCUUGUUGGAUAAAACAUUAGAGCUUCUGCAAUUGCUAAAGAGGCAAAAGAAAUUUAUUUUGAGAGAAACUUAAAGAGUUUGUGAACAAGAUUUGUUAUUAGAAAAAAAAAAACUAAAUACAGAUCAACGAAGAGCAUACAAUAUGAUUGUUGAUAGAAUAUUUUCCAACAAAUCAGGAGCUUUUUUAUUGACGGGCCAGGAUGAACUAGUAAAACUUUUUUAUAUCGAAGUUUGUUGGUUACUGUAAGAUCUAAGGGAUUUGUAGCACUAGCAAUUGUGAGUUCUGGUGUUGCAGCUUCUAUUCUUUCUGGAGGGCGAACAACUCAUUCGCACUUUAAGAUCCCUAUUGAUAUUUAUGAAAAUAUUGGUUGCAAUAUCAGUAAGCAGAGUUCACUUGCACGUUUAAUUCGGAACGCAAAAUUAAUUGUAUGGGAUGAGGCAUCAAUGGCUAAAGGGAAAACGAUUGAAGCUUUUGAUUUACUUUUGAAGGAUCUGAUGGAUAUUAAGAUGCUCUUUGGUGGGAAAGUAGUUAUUUUUGGAGGUGAUUUUAGACAAACUCUUUCAGUUGUUUGAAAUGGGAGAAAAGAAGAUUUCAUUUCUGAAAGUUUACUAUACUCUGAAAUUUGGAAUCAGCUAGAAAAACUACAGCUGUCAGAGAAUAUGCGUGCAAGAACAAAUCCCGCCUUCUGUGAAUACUUGAUGAGAAUUGGAAAUGGAAAAGAAAGACUUGACGCCCAGCAUAAAGUUCAAAUUCCUGACUCUUUAAUCAUUCCUUUUACCACUGAAGAAGAAUCCUUGAAUGAGUUAUUUGAGGUAACAUAUCCCGAUAAAGAUUUCUUAUUUGACGAUUCUUCCUCCAUAGCUUCUCGUGUGAUCUUGACAACAAAAAAUGAUUUUGUUCAUGAAAUAAAUGAUAUGCUCAUAUAUAAAUUCCCAAAAGAUGCUACAACAUUUGUUGCAAUUGAUGAAACUGUUGAAUUGAAUGACUAAAGUCAAUUCGAAGAUUAUUUGCAUACUUUAAACCCUGCUGGUUUGCCUCCUUAUAUAUUGACAUUAAAAGAAAAUUGUCCGGUAAUGUUACUACGAAAUUUAAGGCCCUGUGAAGGUUUAUGUAACGGCACAUGGUUAACAUGUUGUAGUUUUAAAACACAUGUUAUAAGUGGCAAAAUUGCUAGUGGUGAUUUUCAAAAGACAUGUUUUUAUUCCAAGAAUACCAAUAUUAGUAUCACAAGAUGAAAAAAUUUCGAUUGCUUUUAAAAGAACACAAUUUUCAGUACGAUUGUGCUUUGCUAUGACUAUAAAUAAAGCUCAAGGUCAAACUUUGGAUUUCAUUGGAAUUUAUUUACGCGAACCAGUUUUUUCCCAUGGUCAACUUUAUGUUAAGCUUUAUCAAGAGCUAAAAGUUCAGAAGGCAUGAAACUAUUAAUUCGACCGCUGACAUCAGACACCGAGGAUGAUCACUCAACGUAUAACAUAGUUUAUGAUGAAGUUAUUCAAAAAGCGUUCAAUUAACUGAUGCCAUGUAAUAAUUUUUAUGCUUUACAUCCCACAAAAAUAAUAUUGUAGGGUACAUCUGAACAUGGACAAAAUAGAAUUGAAUUGCUUUGUAGCUUUUAUCGAUCUCUAACUCCUACUUUCAUGAGACUUUGUUUUUCUUCUCAAUACU